GUCGGUGGGCGGGGCUAAGCUUGACGCUGCUGGCGUCACGGGCUACACUUUUUUCUCCUAAUUUUUAGCACUUUGACGUGAACUUUCGCUUCGGAGUUGACAUCCCGGAGCAGUUAUGGAGACUUUGUGACUUUUGGCGGCUGUAUUCUCUGUCUGUUUGUUCUUAUUUAACUUUGCUGCUCACAAUCAGAAAUCAUGGUCCAGGAAUAUCAGUCUCCUGUGAGGGUCUAUAAGUACCCAUUUGAGCUAAUUAUGGAGGCGUAUGUGCGUAGAUUCCCAAAGUGCCCCCUGAUCCCAGUGUUAGUCGACUGUCAGAUCCUGAGUGAGACCCACAGUGACGACGGGUCUGUGGUCGUGACCGAGAGACGCUGCACCAUCGACAUCGAGAUCCCCAGACUCCUCAAAAGGAUCGCAGGUUUGGAUUACCUGUACUUCAUUCAGAAAAACACGCUGAACCGCAGGGAACGGACUUUGGACAUCAGGAUCCACAACGAGACGUUCUCCAGCAGAGUCUUAGUCCGGGAGCACUGCAGGUACUCGGUUCAUCCUGAAAAUGAAAACUGGACAUGUUAUGAGCAGACAGCCAGUAUGGACAUCAAGUCAUUCUUUGGAUUUGAAAGCACUGCAGAGAAGAUAGUUGGGAAACAAUACGCCAGUAACAUUAAAAAGGGGAAAGAGAUCAUCGAGUAUUACCUCGCAGAGAUGGAGCGGGAGGGCAUCAGCUUUAUACCGCGCUGGACCGCUCCUGCCCUCUCCACCUCCACCUCCUCCUCCUCCACCACAGCCAUACCAGUCUCCACCCCCAGAGACGCAGCCCUGUCCAGCCCCACCGAGCUCGCCGGCUCCCCCGAUGAUAAGUUGGACGCGGACUACAUCAGGCGUUACCUAGGCGAUUUAACCCCCAUGCAGGAGAGCUGCCUCAUCCGACUGCGCCAGUGGCUCCAAGACGGACACAAGGGGAAGAUCCCCAAAGACCAGCACGUGCUGCGCUUCCUCCGGGCGCUGGACUUUAACCUGGACAAAGCUCGAGAUUUCCUGUGCCAGUCGCUCACCUGGAGGAAGCAGCACCAGGUGGACUUCCUGUUGGACACCUGGCAGCGCCCGCAGACCCUCCAUGACUACUUCACCGGGGGCUGGCACCACCAUGACAGAGAUGGCCGCCCCCUGUAUGUCUUGCGUCUGGGGCAAAUGGACACAAAGGGACUCGUGCGAGCUUUGGGAGAAGAAGUGCUGCUCAAACAGGUGCUGUCACUCAAUGAAGAAGGUCUGAGGCGUUGUGAGGAGAACACCAGAGUUUUUGGUCGUCCUGUCAGCUGCUGGACUUGCCUGGUCGACCUGGAAGGACUGAACAUGCGGCAUCUUUGGAGACCUGGCAUCAAAGCCCUGCUCCGUAUCAUCGAGGUCGUGGAGGCCAACUACCCCGAGACGCUGGGCAAACUGCUAAUCGUGCGCGCGCCCAGGGUUUUCCCCGUUCUCUGGACUCUGGUAAGUCCCCUGAUCGAUGAAAACACACGUAAAAAGUUUCUCGUCUACGCUGGAAAUGAUUACCAAGGAGCGGGAGGCCUCGUGGACUACAUCAACAACGAGUACAUCCCCGACUUUUUAGGAGGAGAUUCACUGUGUGACAUUCCUGAGGGUGGGUUGGUGCCUAAAUGUCUGUACCGGACGGCAGAGGAGCUGGAGAGUGAGGAGUACAAACUAUUGACCGAUUCUAUUUACAAAAGCGCCUCCAUCUUCAAAGGAGCUCCUUAUGAGAUGUUGAUCGAGAUCUCAGAAGCGUCCUCCGUCAUCACGUGGGAUUUUGACGUGUCCAAGGGCGACGUCCUCUUCCACCUGUAUCACUCCAGACGGGCCCCUCAGCCCCAGAGGAGAGACACUCUGGGGGCCCACGGCAUCGGCUCCCUGGGGGCCGUGAACGCUCCGCUCAUCGACAAGAGCUGGGUGUUAGGGAAGGACUACAGCAUGGUGGAGAAGGCCCUGGUGUGCAGAGAGGGGGAGAGUGUGCAGGGCUCGCACAUCACCCGCUGGCCGGGUUUCUACAUCCUGCAGUGGCGCUUCCACAGCUCCGCGGCCUGCACAGCCUCCAGCCUGCCCCGCGUGGACGACGUUCUGGCCUCUCUGCAGGUCUCCACCCACAAGUGUAAAAUCAUGUACUACACGGAGGUGCUGGCGUCACAUGAUUUCAGGGGCUCCAUGACCAGCCUGGCCUCCAGUCACAGCGGCUUCUCCCAGCUCAGCGCCACAACCACCUCCUCCGGCCAAUCACACGCCAGCUCCACCUGCUCCAGCCAAUCACACGCCAGCUCUACCCUGUCUAGGUAACAUCCACUCAGCGGGACGACCAGCCUAGAAUGACUUUGAAACAUCUGGACCAAGCUGUGCCUUCCCUCCUCUCCAAGGGACCGACAAAAAAGUGGUGUAAAAGACUUUUAAAAGGCCCGUAUUGCACUAAACGUGUUCUUGUAAGUUUUAAAUGUUCUUAACUCUUCAGAAACAUACCCGGAGUCGUGUUUUUUUUUUUUCAUUCACAGCUUUUGAGUAAUCCUUUAUUUUUAGUCUGAGCUCAAAAUGCUCUGUUCCACCUUGUGAUGUCAUGUAGUGGUAGUUUUCAAGUUAACAUCUACUUUUUACCUUUUGUUCAGUAGAUAUCGGCUAUUUACAAGACUGAAAUCCUUCAAACUGUUAUAGUGAAGGUAUGUAUAUAUAAAUAAAUAAAUAAAUAAAUAAAUAAAAUAAAAAACACUUCCUGUAUUACCCUAUGACAUCACAAGGUGGAACAGGGUUAAAUGUGUGAAUGAAACCAAACAACAUGAUAACACAGAUUCAAAAUAGUGCAAUACAGGCCUUUAAUAGAUCUUACUUAAUCAUUUUGACUUGAAUCUAAUAUUUUUAUAAUUCAGAAUUUCAUAUUUAUGUGUCUAGAAUUAUAUUUACACUAGUUAUUGUUAAUGUUAUCGUCCACUAGAUGGCAGUGUUGUCUUAAACGUUAGCUGCUCACAGAAAUGCUCUUACUCCUCGGGUGCAUUUCCUUUUAUUUAUUUUUUUAUUUCUCUUAAUAAAUAUGAAAGUAACCUUGAA